AUGAAUAACCUUAACCAGAGCAACAAGACCUCUCUGGCCUUCUACCAAUCCAACCAGCACUUCGACACGCACGUGUGCCCCGAGUGUGGCAAACGGUACAGCACAUCGAGCAACCUGGCGCGCCAUCGUCAAAGUCAUAAGCAGCAGAACUCUCUGCCAUCUAGCGAACAAAACGUCACACGGAAAUGUCCUCACUGCGACAAAACAUACGUAUCGGUUCCAGCGUACAACAUGCACGUGAGGACCCACAACCAGGGAUGUGUCUGCAGCCACUGUGGCAAGAAGUUCAGCAGGCCCUGGCUACUCCAGGGACACCUCAGGACACACACCGGAGAAAAACCAUUCAGAUGUACCCAGUGUUCCAAGACCUUUGCAGACAAGUCGAACUUGAGAGCCCACAUACAGACGCACUCCACCGAGAAACCUUACGUGUGUUCCAGGUGCAACAAGGCAUUCGCUCUCAAGAGUUACCUCUACAAACACGAGGAAUCAUCCUGUAUGAGAGGAUCCAAAUAUUUUAUUGGAGUUGUAUGA